AUGCAGGUAUUCGCGCCAACCGGAACCCCAAGAUGGAUCUCCGCCAGAAGAUUCUUCGAACGAAUUCUCUCAGACCUCCAUAACUGCAAGGAGUUAACCCGGUUAAAACAAGUCUUAGCAAUCGUAUUCAAAUCCAGUCUCCAUCGGGACAAUGUAAUCGGGACCAAACUCAUUUCCGCUUUCGCUCAUUGCCGACAGAUGGAUUCUGCUGUUUAUAUCUUUGAUCAUAUCGAAACGCCUGAUGUUCUUGCUUAUAAUGUCAUGAUUAAAGCCCACCUUGGAAAUUCCCAGCCGCUUCAAGCCUUUGGGAUUUUCUCAAAAAUGCAGAACUCUGGUGUUCGACCCAAUAUUUUCACUUGCCCGUUUCUGUUGAAGGCCAAUUUCGGAGCAGGGGACAUGGAAAGGGCUAGAUGUUUGUUUGACAAAAUGCCUGUCAAGAAUAUGGUUGCAUGGACUAUACUUAUAUCUGCUUAUGUUGAGAAGGGCUUUGCAAAGGAGGCUAUGGGAUUGUAUGAUCAAAUGGCUGCGACUGAUGUGAAACCUGAUGAAGGAGCUAUUACCAGUAUUUUAGGUGCAUGCGCAGAAUCUGGCAUGCUUGGAUUGGGAAAUCGAGUUCAUGAUUUUGUCAAGACAAGUAGGUAUAAUUGCAGCAUGCGGGUGUCUAACGCUCUAAUUAACAUGUACGUAAAAUGUGGGAGAUUGGAUGACGCUUUGAAUGUUUUCCGUGGGAUGAAAGAAAAGAAUUCAGUAACAUGGAGUACCAUGAUCCAUGGGUUGGGCAUACAUGGUUAUGGAGAGCAGGCUCUCCAACUUUUUUCUAGAAUGAUACAAAAAGGAUUUGCGCCAAAUAAAGUCACAUUUAUUGGUCUCAUGUGCGCUUGUAGCCAUGCAGGUUUGGUUGAUGACGGUAUUCACUAUUUUGAUGCCAUGCAGAGAGAUUAUGGCCUUAACCCUGAAAUUGCACAUUAUGGCUGCAUGAUUGACCUUCUUGGUCGUGGAGGUCGUCUGAAGGAAGCUUUCAGGCUUGUUCUUAGCAUGCCAAUGAAACCAAAUGAAGUAAUUUGGGGUGCACUUUUGGCUGCCUGUAGAAAGCAUGAUGCGGUUACCAUUGGAGAAGAGGAACUUCAGCAACUAGUUCAACAGGGCUUAACAGAUGAUGGAAACUUAUCCAUCUUAUCAGACAUUUAUGCAGCUGCGGGAGACUGGUCUGGUAUGGCAAAUGCAAGAUUGUAUAUGAAGAAUACAUGCCGUGAAAAAAAGCCUUCUGGCACCAGUUCAAUCGAGUUGGAGAAUGAAUACCAUCAUUUUACCAUGAUGGAUGUACGCCACCCUAAAUCUGAUCUGAUAUAUCAGAUUCUUGGUGCAUUGAGUCAACAUAUGAGAAAAGCUGGAACAACAGAGAUUGUUCCUUCUAUUGGAGCAAGAGUUCCUACCAUCGCAGGCAGAAAGUUACCCAAACAUCAAUAUAAGAAAGUUGGCAGUCCAUUUUCCAUUUCUUGCUGCCAAUUGGGUUCUAAAUCACCUUCACCUGAGGAUGAGAAUAGAACUUUGGUUAAUGCUGAUUGGCGAUCAUUCAGAGCAAGGUUAGUAGCUGGAGAAAAAGCAUUUAGACCAGUAGAAGCCACUCCAGUGGUUGAUCUGGAUACUGCAGUGGAUCAGCCUCCUUUAAUCACCAUUGGAGACAAAUGGGCACAUAUUCUACAUGAACCAGAGAAAGGUUGCUUACUAAUUGCCACUGAAAAGCUUGAUGGGGUGCACAUAUUCGAAAGAACAGUAAUUCUGCUACUAGCAACUGGUCCAGUAGGUCCAGUUGGGAUCAUACUCAACAGACCAUCACUCAUGUCAAUCAAAGAAAUGAGAUCAUCAUCAGCUUUAGAUGCCGUUGGCACAUUUUCUGACAGGCCAUUGUUCUUUGGAGGGCCAUUGGAAGAAGGGUUUUUCUUGGUAAGCCCUGAAAGUGGGAAUGAAGGCGUCGGAAAGAGUGGAGUGUUUGAAGAAGUAAUGAAGGGAUUGUACUGUGGGACAAAAUCAGUUGUGGGUUGUGCAGCAGAAAUGGUGAAGAGGAAUGUGGUCGAGGCUGGGGAUUUCAGCUUCUUUGAUGGUUAUUGUGCUUGGGAGAAAGAGCAACUGAGGGAGGAGAUAAGGUCUGGGUAUUGGACCGUAGCCGCAUGUAGCCCAAGUGUAGUGGGUUUAGCUAGCGCUGGAAGCGUUGGGCUGUGGGAAGAAAUCCUUGGCCUUAUGGGGCCUAAAAGAGUUUGGUAA